GCCUGGAGAUCGAAGGCGAGUGUGCGAUGGCGCGGAGAAGGACGUUCCUUGAGGAACACCCCUUGGGCAUUGAACCACCUAGGGAAGUAUCGGGUGGGGUAGAGGUUAGCUUGCCAGCGACAAGUGAAGGCUGGCACCAGGUGGCAGAUUGGGUCGGGGUCGAGCUUGCGGAAAAUAUGGUUUACUUGGUGACGAAAGUUGAAUGGCGUGCGGAUGAGAAUGGGGAAUGGGACCCGAACCCGCGGGGGCAUGUGCGUGCAGAAGGACGACUGUAUGUGUCAGAGGAUGGGUGGAGGGAGUUCGGAGUUCGGCUAGCAUCAGGAGAAGACCCGUUGAGCAUGUUUGAAGGGGCAUGGCAGUUAGUAUGGCGAGAGGGAUUUGAGUUCGCAGAUCCGGGGGUUGACGAUGUAACAGCGGACCUUAGGGUAGCCAUGGUCGGGAGUUUUGAAUUGCCUAGUGAAAAUGUACGAAUGAGGCUGCCGCCCUUCCUGCUGGAAAGGCUGGGCGGUCUGGGACUUGUUAGACGAGCGGUGGCCGACCUCGCAAGCCUGACAUAUGAAGAUGCGAUGGUACAUCGAGAAUACUAUCGGGCCUUCCUAGAAAUGGGCCCGUUUAGUGGAGAGCAGAAGUAUGAGGUGUUGCGCAUCCUGCGUGCUGUGUUUAGCACCAGGCCGAGGGCUCCGGACGUGGGAAGUGAGGUCCUGUGGGGUGUGAUCCGACGGGAAAUAAGUCAAGGGAUGGUGUACGUAGAUGAUUUGUACCGAUUAAGGAACGCCGAAAACCAAGGAGAAGCAGAGGGAAAGCAAGGAAGGGGAAGGGACCAGUGCAGCUGGAGAAGCGGGUACCUUACUGAAAUGGACGGAAGAGGAAAAGAUGGAGCACCUAGGACAGCACGUGUCACUAAGCUUGAGAAGAGACAUUAUGGCCAUCGUCGCGUCCAGUGGAUCCUGGAAAAAAAACAGGAACGAGAUAAUGAGGAAAUACCUAAGGCAGAGAAAAUGGCAAUAGAGGCCGAAUUAGCAGUAGUCCAGAGGAAAAACUAUGCGACUUACAACGAUUUCCUAAGGGCGUUUACGUUAGUGGCUCUGCGAAUUCCCAGGGUAACGGACCUCAUAAUGAGUAAAUACUUCCUUAGGCAGUUCUCCGAGUUUGAUAAGGAUAAGAUUUUGUCGGCCUACCAGCAGACCAGUAAGUUUGAAUACACAAGGGAUGUGGAUUUCAGUACGGUAACAGAUCUUGCAGAAAAGACAGUGGUAACAGAGACCUUGGCCCUGCUUAAGGAAGGGGAGGUCAUAGACCUGACCGGGAAGACGGGAGACAAGGUCAAGAAGGGGAUAGAGAGUUUGCACGAGCGGGUGCACGGGGUUGACAAUAAGAUAGAAAGAACGGAAAACGCGCUAUUAGUGAUGCAGGCGCAAGUAUCCCGAUCCGCCCUCCCGCCCCAAGAAGCCGUGGUUCCGGCAACUGUAGCAAAUCGGGGAUUUGGCAGAAGGGACCCCGCCAACGAACAAUGCAAGUAUUGCACCAUGAUCGGGCAUUUCGUACGAGCCUGUCCGAGACUCAAUCACGAUAUUGAGCGGCAGAGGUGCAGCAGGUCCCUCAAGGGUGAGAUCCUCGGACCGCGGAGGGAGCGUGUAAAUUGGAACUCGCCAGGAGGGAUGCGACGAACCGUCAUCCUCUUGAAUAACCUAGAGAUAGCCGCCGUAGAAGCAGAGCCGAUAGCCGAGAUUGUCUGGGACCAGCCUAGGGGACGGGGACCACAGGCCAAUUUUAUCCUAGAAGGCAAUAGCAAGGAUAGGGCCAGCCCGAGGCUGCUUAAAGGACUUAGGCAGUUGCUAACGCGUAAGCGUGUAGAGGUAGAGGAGGGCCCGGAACUGCAAGAGCAGGACAUGGAAGAGGCCGAGGCGCCGCAAGGAGUCUCCAACCUCCAAAGCAUUCCAGGGGGCCUGGGAGAUUUGGAGAAAGCUUUUGCGGACAUCCGCCUAAGCCUACCGGAUCGUGAAGGUGGCGAAGUCAUGAGGGCGCCACCCGGCACAAAGCUUAGCUUUCAUGCAUUACCAGUUGGGAAACUUAAAGUUCAAAACGGAACUCACCACACUUACACGUUAGUGAACGGCGGAGCAGAAAUCACCCUCAUACGACGAGAUUUCGCAAUAGUCACGGGGUGCACGGUAAACAAGGAAGUUGCAGGGAGUAUCCGGGGAGCUGGUGGUGAAAUUCCUUUCACAGGGUAUGUCACCAAAUGUGCAGUCAGGGCGGGAAAUAGGGAAUCCAUCUGGUCCUUUCAGUGGAUGACUGUGAUGGAAGAAAUGGAUCACGACGUAAUCCUCGGGAGACCAUGGUGCGCCAAUGUGGAAAUGAUAGGAAUGCAUCUGCACGACGACACAUACAUGGCAUACCUGUUCGGAAGGCGAUUAAUCCUAAGGAUCGACCCCACCAACGUUGUCGGGGCCCUAAAGAACUACAAGCCUAUAGAUCCGACCAUUGGCAGAUGGAUAGGCUUCAUAUGGCAAUUCGACUAUAAGGUCGAGCGAAUUGCAGGGCUUCGAAAUAGGGCAGAUGGGCUGAGCAGGGCAUGUAUCACGCCAAAAGGAGUAGAGGACGCGGAACCAAUUGACGCCUUCCUGGAAUACGAAGGAGGGACCCUUGUUGUGGAUAAUGAGAUGGCAGAUCCGGCAAUUACAACAGGUCAGUUGCUGGUUCAGACCUUGGAAAAGGGCACACCUGCAGUGGUUGCAGAACUCGGGGAAGGACCAGUCACCACGGUCAGGCGCAAAGUGGAAAAGGACUCGUGGGGAGCGAAAGUAGGGGCCAGAGAGGAACUGAUGGCAAUGACCGUGGAAGGGGGACGGAAUGCCGUAAUGAUGUUGGCCGAAACCUGGGCGCAAAAGGAGUGUCAGUACCUAGUCAACCUCACUCGGGAGGAGCAGGGUACGGAUCAGAACGAACAUAAAUUCUUCCUCAUACAGAUGUAUAAGGACGUCUUCAAAGAAAUCGGUGUGCUGCUUGUAGGGAACAAACAGCGCACGAAAGUCAGUCCCAAAGCAAGGGAGGAAGUCAAAAAGUACGUCCUAAGAAAUGGCUACCUGUUCAAGAAAGAGGAAGGGAUGAUGCCUAGACGUGUCGUUUGUGGGAGGUCUAGGCAGCUGAACAUAAUUCAGGCAAUGCAUGACGGGCUAGCUGGAGGUCACCGGUCAUCUAAGGGGACACUUGCGAAGAUUGUGCCCCUGUACUUUUGGCCAGGGAUGGCAAGCAUGGUCGCAACGUAUUGUCAAACGUGUCUGAUAUGUCAAGAAAGGAGUUCCGUACGAGUUUACGAGCCCCUUAGACCCACUCGGGUACUGGGACCCGGACACCUUGUUCACCUCGAUCUUGUGGUUAUGCCCGUAUUGACGGAUGGGUUUAGAUACAUCUUGGAUACAAGGGAUAAUCUCAGUGGCUAUGUAGAGGCCGUAGCCCUCAAAAAGAAGACGGGGAAAGCAGUGGCCGAUUGGGUGGAAGAUUUCUACCUAAGACACCCCUUUGUGCGCAAGUUUAUAGCAGACAAUGGGACAUAAUUCGUUAACCAGGAGGUAUUGAACAGGCUUAAGACACUGUGCGUACCAAUCAAGAUCACUGAACCCU